AUAUAAAUGAAUAGAGUUUUGAAGACCCCGAGAGGAUUAAAACAUUGCUACAACUAUUUCAAAGCCUUAGACAGUAACAAUAGCAACAUUACUCUCUUCUGCCAUGGACUUUAUGGGUCCAAACAUGAGUUUGAUGAUAUCGCCAGUGAUGAAAGGCUUCUUAGCCUUACUAAUACUUACACAUUGGAUCAUGUUAUUCAUCCAAAGUUUACUUUCGAUGAUCAGGCUGAGUAUAUUAUCGACUUCUUGGAUAAUAUUAAUAGCAAGGAUGCAAAGGCCACACUUGUGGGACACUCGAUGGGAGGAAGAGCAUCUAUGAGAGCUGCUCUACUAUAUCCUGAGAGAGUCAAUGCAGUCAUGUCGAUUGAUGCCCCUGCAACCAGUUUUGCUCAUAUCCCUGGCUACACUGACAGAACAUAUGCUUUGGUAAAAUAUUUUAAAGAGUUUGAUCUCUCCAAGUUCUCAAGGAUGGAGGAAAUUGAAGAUCAUAUGAAGGAAAAAUUUAGGGUUGAUGAUGUUGCUCUGACAAGAAUCAUGAGAAACUUUAACUAUUCUGACCAGGAUGGAUCUCAGAUAGUUUGGAGAGUAAAUCCUCAAUAUCUUUGUGAUAAUAUCGUCUCGAUGUAUUACUUUGAUUAUACUGAAACCUUUGAAGGUCCAGUCAAGAUGCUUGUUGGAGGCAUAUCUGAUAGAUGGAAAUUUGAAGACUUCAACGAAAGAUUCCCAAACAUUAAACAGGAGGAUGUAAUUUCAAUUCCUAAUACAGGUCACUGGAUCCAUACUGACGACCCUGAGUCUGUCAUUGUUAACCUAGUUGACUUACUCAAAAGAAUAGAGUAACCUACUCACCUCU